AUGCAACAAGACCACCGGCCGUUGGUGGUCCUCGUGGUGGGGAUGGCGGGAACUGGUAAGACGACGCUGGUUCAUCGAAUGCAACACUACACGAUGGAGCAAAACAAGCGAGCCUAUUUUAUAAACCUGGAUCCGGCCGUUGCGGAUGUUCCAUACAACGCGAAUAUUGACAUUCGCGAUACUGUAAACUACAAGGAAGUCAUGAAGCAGUACCGUUUGGGGCCCAACGGGGCCAUCAUGACUGCGUUGAACCUUUUUGCCACCAAGUUCCAUCAAGCAAUCAGCAUCCUUGAAAAAAAGGAGAAUUUAGAAUGGAUCGUAGUUGAUACACCCGGCCAGAUUGAAGUCUUCACGUGGUCCGCGUCUGGGCAGAUCAUUGCGGAGGCCUUCGCAGCGACUUGGCCAACCGUACUGCUUUUCGUUGCGGACACGACACGCUGCGCAAGUCCACAAACGUUCAUGAGCACCAUGUUGUACUCGAGCAGCAUCAUGUUGAAGCAGCAAAUUCCACUGCUUCUUGCCUUCAAUAAAACCGAUGUGGUUUCGUCCGACGCAGUAGUCCUUUGGAUGAAAGACGCUGAUGCACUCGCCGACGCGGUCAACAGCAACAGCGACGACGGCAGCUACGCCGGGAGUCUCGUCCAAUCCCUUUCGUUGUUUACCCAUGGGUUCUAUGAGAGCCUCCCUGUUGCGAGCGUCUCCGCGGCAUCCGGCCGAGGGAUGGAAGCGCUAGAGCAAGCCCUGGAGGCAGCGAAACUCCAGUACCUCUCUGACCGACUGCCGGAGUUUAAAAAGCAAGAGAAACGGAGAAACGAGGAGCGCGCCGCGACUUCGGAGAAGAUGCUCUUCGCGUACCAGCGCGACAGGGUCGACGAUUGA